GCCCUUCUCAUGUUUCUUGAGAGCUUGUUUAUACAUUUGCUCUUUGCCCUCACCUGCUUUUACAGUCCAACGGAUUUUGGCGGGCUUAUUUGUGUCUGCAGAGAGAAUUCUGAGGGUGUGUGACUGUCCUCUGAGUAGCAGCUGAAUCAGCAUCUCUGGAAACAGAAAUACAGUGAAUUUACAAGACAAUACGCUCAGAGAGUUGGAUGAAUUAUAUUGCAAUCACUUCACAAUGCACCUAGGAGUCAAAAUAUUGUCCAUCUCCAGUGUUCCAUUGCUUUUUGUCUUGAAAUGGUUUUGGGGUGAUUUUACUGUUACUGUACAUGUUAAUCCUGCAGUUGUCUUGGUUGGGCAAGCUGUGACAUUGUCCUGCCAUCUCAUAGGCCAGAUCCCCGCUAACAUUCAAGUGCAUUGGUACAAAUUGGAAAGGAACAAAAAUACGACAUUAUAUUUUUACAAUAGCACAGAAAAAGAGACUGAGUUGGGCUUGGCUGAGGACCAACAUAGGAUCAAAGGACGAUAUAGGAAUGGAGUCGCUAGGGUGAAGCUCUUUCCAGUGCAAGUAGAAGAUAAUGGGCAGUAUGUGUGUGCCGUGACAAGCGAUGGUGUCUAUCAAGAAGCUAUUGCCCAGGUGACUGUUCCAGGUUUUGGAUCUGCACCUCACGUAACUAUAGAACAUCAGCAGAAUAAUUCAACCACUCUGAGAUGUGCGUCCCAAGGGUGGUACCCACAGCCUGAAGUACGCUGGACGGACAGCACAGGACAAAAAAUAACUGUUAUGGCUGAAACAAGAAUCCAGAAAGAUGUGACAGAGCUGUAUCAAAUCCAUAGUACACUCAGGGUAGCAGAUACUGCUACUGACACCAUCUCAUGCACUAUAAUAAACCCCUUGCUGAAGAGGCACCGCAAAACAGUUAUUGCAAUUUCAGGUUUCUUUGAUGUGGAGGCAGAACACGUCAUCAUUACUGCUGUAAUUGGAGAAAAUGCCGUUCUUCCCUGCCGGCUGAUUACGAAACAUCUCCCCCCCAGCAUGAAGCUGCAAUGGAAGAAAGUUGGACCUGGAAAGAAUAAGACAAUCUAUCUCUACUGCUAUAAUGAAAGCAGCCCCCUGGUUAAUGCUUAUCCCCGGGAUGACAAAUGCUCAAUGGGUUAUUUGUCUCCAAAUGGAGUCAACAGCAGAGAAUGGCUCAGGAAGAAAUAUGAAAAAAAGGCAGAAGUUUUUAAAGGAAAGGAGUUUGGGAAAGGAAAUAUUUCUCUGAAACUGAACAAUAUUCAGGUGGAAGACGAAGGGAAAUAUGUAUGUUCUGCCACAGCCAACUCAUUUCACAGAGAGAUCAUCAUUGAAGUCUUGAUUAGAGGGGCUGCUAACAGGAAGUUUCAAGAGGGAGUUCCCCAGGUGAAGGAGAAGCAAAUACAGGACCCUUGGGCCCAACACAAGGAGGAAAAUGGAGACUUGGAAAAGAGAAUAAGAGACUUGGAAAAGAGAAUAAAGGAACUCCAGGAGCAAAAGGUUGCCUUAAUCUGUUUAUUGCUGCCUAGUGGUGUGAUCGUCAUCUUUCUUGGAAAAUGCACACGAGACUUGGAAAAGAGAAUUAAGGAACUCACAGAGGAAAAAGAUAAACCGUGGGAGGACAAAUGUGCCUUAAUCUGUUUACUGCUGUGUAUUGCUGAUACCAUCAUACUUUUCCUUGGAAUAUGUAAAAAUCAACAGUGGGAGAAUGAAUGUAAUGUAUUCUGUUUAUUGCUACCUAAUGGUGUGUCCGUCUUCCUGGUUCUCCUAAAAUGCAAAAAUAAACUGUGGGAAGACAAAUGUGCCUUAAUCUGUUUAUUGCUAUGUAUUGCUGUGACCGUCAUUGUUUUUCUUGGAAAAUGCAAAAAUCAACAGUGGGAGAAUGAAUGUUACGUAAUCUGUUUAUUCCUGCCUAACGGUGUGACCGUCAUCAUAGUUUUUGGAAAAUGGAAAAAACAACUCCAGGAGCAAAUGGGAGAAUUGGAAAAGAGAAUAAAGGAACCCCAGGAGCAAAAGGAGGAACCCCAGGAGCAAAAGGGAGAAUUGCAAAAGAGAAUAAAGGAACUCCUGGAGCAAAUGGAUGAAAUGAAGAAGGAAUUAGAAUGGAGAAGGGCUCGGAACAAUUCAGAUGACAUCACUCUUCAUGGAGUCACGGCCCACCCCAACCUCUCCAUUUCUGGGGAUAAGAAGAGUUUUACACAUGAAGCCCAACCUCAAAAAGUUCCAUCAGAUCCAGAGAGGUUCGAUUCGACUGUCUGUGUGCUGGGCUCUGAAGGAUUCUCCUCUGGAAAGCACUACUGGGAGGUGGAGGUUGUGAGCAGCAAUGACUGGGAUCUGGGAGUGGCCAGAAAGUCAAUACAGAGAAAAGGAAAACUGACCUUGUCCCCUAGAGAGGGAUUCUGGGCUCUGGGUCUGAGUGGGAGAGAUUAUUGGGCAAAAACAGACCCAUGGACCCUGGUCGUAGUGCAGAAAAAGCCCAAGAAAAUUGGAGUUUACCUUAGUUACCAAGAAGGGCGGGUGACUUUUUUCAAUGUAACUGACAUGUCUGUGUUGUUCACAUUUAAUGAUUGUUCAUUCUCAGGAGAGGUUUAUCCAUUCUUUAAAAAUUCACACAAAGAAACAACAAUAAGACUUUGUUCAACUAAAGAGGAAUAAAUAUAACAUGACUCUGAUGCUGAUUUUAUACUGGUGUAACUGAAAUCAAGGUUUUCAUUAAUGUAUUUUGAUGUAAAAAAAUCUGUUUUUUUAAAAUGUACAUUGUCAUGCUGUCUUCAUUACAUGUUUUGCAAUAAAAUGUUUUCAUUU